AUGUGCUGCCAUGCAUGCAUACAGUAUUAUAAUAAUUAUGAGCAUGAUAAGGUUAUUACACAGUUGGUAUAUAUCUAUAAGCAGUCUAUAAGAAUGAGCCAAAAAAGAGCCCUACCAAGCUACAUCACUUCCCAACACAACAUUGAUGGAAUACUCAACCCAAAAUUCAUAUCAGCUGAUCCUGAGCACAUAGAGAAGGUCAACAACUUUCCACUCAGACCAGACGACACAUUUGUGACCUGCUACCCAAAGUCAGGCACACAUUGGCUGAUGAAGAUUGUCCUCCUCAUCGUUAAUAAUGGGGAUGACCAGUACGUACAGAGAGCUCCACAACUGUUCAAUGACUAUCAAUGGUUUGAAGCAGCAGGAAUGCCAGGCUAUCCAGGGCUAGACAAGAUUCAUGACCUGCCCAGUCCGAGACUGUUCUUUGGGCAUCAAUACUACAGCAGACUACCUGGAGGUCCACCAAACACCACACAGGCAAGAUACAUCUACUGUGCUCGAAACCCAAAAGAUGUGGCAGUGUCCUUCUACCAUCACUCUCUCAAGAGAAGUGGUAUCAAUGUGGAGUGUGACCUAUCAUGGGAUGAAUUUUUAGAUCACUUUCUACGUGGGGAAGUAUCGUUUGGUUCUUGGUGGGAGCACAUUCCAAAGUGGUGGGCUCACAGGGACGAGCCCAACGUCCUCUUCCUCAAGUACGAGGAUAUGAAGAAAGACCUGCCAAUCAGCAUCAAGACAAUUUCUGACUUCCUAGGCUAUAACAUCGAUCAGGACACUCUACAGAAGAUAGCUCAAGCUACUACUAUUGAGAGCAUGAAAGUGAACAGUGUUGCUUGGAGUGAGAAGCAAUUUCUACGCAAAGGAGUGGUGGGAGAUUGGAAGAAUCACUUCACGCCAGCUCAAAGUGAGGCAAUGGAUAAAGUUUAUUGCAAAGUAGUGGAAGGAACUGGACUAGAGUUUGAGUUUAAUUGAAACUUUGUACGUACUAAUAAUAAUAAUAAUGAAGAGAUCUG